AUGCCAUUGCUCCCAAAACUUAGCCCGCUUCAAUCGAGAUUCGCGGCCUCUCUUGCAGCGUCAGCCAUCCUCCUCCUAAUCCUCUAUCUCACCCUCUCAAAACCGCAAUUCGCAUACGCCCUUGAGCUCGACUCUAGAAUACACUCCGAAGAUCAUAACCACUAUGUGAUAUCUGAAGAUGGGGAGGAGUGGGAUGAGGACAUCGCGAUUCGCAUAUCUGGCCGUGCGGAAGCAGGAGUAUCCGCCCUUGCAAACAAUGCGCCUCAGAACAUCAACAUCAACACCGGUCAAACUCAGAACUGGGUCUUUCCCAGUGAUGCUGUCAAUGGCCCUCACGGUGCGAUGGGGACAGGUCUCCCUGGCGACGGUAUAGAAAAGAGGGACCUAACAGUUGAUGUGCCCGAACUCAAGAAACGGCAAACUGGAACCCGGAUAUACGUCUCCCUGAAUACCUGUCUGCAGCCUUCGUCAAAUGCUACCAACAAUACCUCUGACAAUAUCGUGCCUCCCCAACUUACCAUGUACAUAUCUUUAUCUGAGUCGAAUCAGAAGCCGGGUCAGGAUAGUAACGAUCCUAACCAGCAGACCAUCGACGUGGACGAAGGCUAUGCUCUGUUCGAGGGUGAGGCUGACAGCGAUGUCUAUAUAGGAGUAUCUGCGCCAAACACUACCGACUUCGAAGGUAUCUGGAAUUACGAGGUGGCUGCAUCUAAUGAUGCACCAUUCCACAGUUACAGAGACACCAGCAAUCUAUACUUUGUCGACGGGGACAAUCAUGCAGCGCUUCUGAUCACAAACGACACUACCGAAGCCGACUCUAAUUCGACCAUAUAUCAAGAUUGGAUGAAAAUCAAUCCACCCUGGGGUGUCUUUGCCGCGAACCAAAACGAGAAAACUAUCCUCGGAGUGAGUAAAUCGUUCUGUGGUCUCAAGAAUAAUGCGCGAAUCGCUGCAAAUAUUGAAGGCUUUUCUCAUCAGAAUGUUGCCAAAAUGACCAACAGAGGCCUGGGAGGAAAGCCAAAAGAGCAAUUCUAUGUGACUGGGCUCAAUGCAACCUCAGAAUACUGGGGCAUGCUGGCGAUGGUCGGCAAUUCAACAGCAUCGGGUAACGGUGUGGUUGGUGGCGGCGGCACCGUCUGGAAAGCUAUUGACUUUCAGACGAAGACGGAAGACAACUGUGCCCUGAUGUACAACCUUUCGUUCUGUUCUGAGGUCGCUUACGCCGUCCCCUCGAACCCUGACAAGUACCCUCCUUCCACCGGUCUACCGGAACUGGCGGCUCUCUACGACUCUUACGCUGCCCAAAUGUACCAAUACUUUAAUUACUCUCUCCAGCAAAUCCCAUGCAACACCACCUCAAGCGCACAAUACUCUCUGGCGCGCAACUGCGACGACUGCGCACGGGCGUACAAGCAAUGGCUCUGCGCCGUCACCAUUCCCCGAUGUGUCGACUAUUCGAACAACGACGCAUGGUUGAUGCCCCGCAAUCUAGGCCAGCCGUUCGUCAACGGAUCAAGCAUUUCCCCUGCUCAGCUGAACGGCAACCAGCAGCUGUUGACGUCGGUAGCCACCAACUCGUCAAGAAACGCGAUCAUCGAUCAAGUCAUCCAACCCGGGCCGUACAAAGAAGUCUUGCCCUGCCAGGAUCUGUGCUAUGAUCUGGUGCAGAGUUGUCCGGCGAGCUUAGGCUUCGCUUGUCCCUCCGCAGGCGAGGGUCUGGAGCUCAGUUAUGGGACCAGAAGCAACGACUCGGGCAUUAUCACAUGCAGUUACCUAGGCGCUGCCUAUUAUUUGAGCGAUGCACGAUCCAUCUCCCCGUCGGGCGUCACCACCGUGGUGUUGCUGACACUGUCACUUUUAGCGAUUCAUGCGUUUUAG